CUCGCCGCCUCCUCCCGCGCCCCGCGGCGCGGCCACCCCCUCGGCGGCGGGACGGGAGGGGCGCGGCUGCCUCCGCCCGGCGGCGGCGGGAGGCAUCGGCCCGCGGGUGUCCGGUGGGCCGGCGGGAGGCGGGGCGGGGAGGAGAGGCCCCGCGCGGGGUGGACCGUUAGGCGCCAGAUGUUUGGCAGCGGUCGGGGAGGCAGGCGCUGCCGGGGCCCUGAGUCCCGCCCGAGCCGCGCCGGAGCAGGCAGGGCCCCGCCAUGGCCCGCGCAGCUCCCCCGGCAGUGCCGCCGCCCCCGGGGCCGCCGGCCCGCGGGUCCCUCAGCCUCCACCGCGCCUACCUACGGAGCCCGCUGGGGCUGCUGCGGCUGGGGCAGCUGGCGCUGGGCGCUGCUUUCUGGGUGACGGUGGCAGCUCACAGGUACGAAGGGGCGGCCCACUUCGCCCUCUUCGCUGCUGUCCUGGUCUGGCUUCUCACCCUGGCCCUGUUCGGGCUGAGCCUUCUGGGACGCUGGGCACUAGUGCCCUGGCUGGGCUCCCGCUGGCUCCUCACCAACCUGGUGCACGACCUGGUGCUGGGCGUGGGGCUCUAUGCGGCUGCCACAGGCAUCAUGGGCUACAAGGCCAAGCAGAAAAGUUACUGCAACCUGCCAGGCUACAGCCAGCACUGCCUGUACGGUGCCUACCUGAGCGCCUCUGUCUGCGGGGGCAUCACUGCCUGCCUGUACCUCUUCUCCGGGCUCUACUGCCUGUCACGGCGCUGCCGGGACCAGCGUGACAUCAUCUGAGACCCCGCAGCCCCCAGCUCCCCUUCUCCUCACCCACGGAUGGAGAGCAGCCUCACUUUGGGACAAAAUGACCCUGCCACCUCAUCCCCUCCUGGCUGACUGCACCACGCUUCCUCUGGAGACUCCUGCACAGACGGAUGAACAGACUGAGGCCUUCCUGAGCACGGCUUCCCCUGCAUCCCGCCGAGACAGCGUGGACUCCUGACUGACCGCACCACACUUCCUCUGGUGACUACCAUGCAGAAAGAUGAACAGACCGAGGUCUUCCCAAGCACAGCUUCCCCUGCAUCCCACCGAGGCAGCGUGGAGACCCAGCUGCUGCACAGACCCCUCUCCCAGCCCUGGGCAGAUGUAGGCUAUUGCAAGUGGAAGCACCCAAGCGGAGAGCCCCUAGGAGGGAACCUAAUUCCUGGGAACCCCCCAGGACCUCUGCUCAACUCCCUUGCCCCCAGCCUCGCAGGUGCUGCAUGCUCAGGUGGGUGCUGACCUGUCCCCAGGGCAGAGGGGACUGGCCUGGGGUAGCUGGGAAGGGGACAGUGGUGUGUAGCGGGGAUGGGUGGGUGCAGCCUUCCCGAUCUGCUGGCAGCCCCCUCCUGCUGUUACCAACUGCGCAGCGCCUCCACAGAUCCCUAAUGGAGGCUCUGAUCUCCACUUCCCCAGCCCAGGCCCCUCCUCCCAUCUGGCCUGAACAUGUCUGCCGUCUUGCGGAAUCCCUGCGGGGUUCAGCCCCUCCCUGCCCUGCACUCUGGGGGUGUGGGGACACAAAGUCUGACCCGGUGUUUUCCCAGGUGCCGGGACACACUGUCCUGUUUGGGAGCUGAGCCCACACAGGUCAGCAAGGCCUCCAUUGCUGCCGGGCAAGAGGUAGGAUGAGCAGGGCCAUGGCCUGGUCCUGUGACCCUGGGAAGGGGAUAAAUCCCUCCCAUCCUUGGGGUUUGUACUGCCCUGGGAUGGGGCCAGGUGCCCCUGGAGUUGAGGGGAGUAAGGCAGCAAGUUGUUCUCUCCACCUGCCCUCCUGCUGUGAGGUUUGUGGCUGAGCUGACAGGCUCACAGGUGCUGCUUGGUUUGUCAGUGUGGAAUACUCAUCUUGGGACUCUCUGGCUCCAUCUCAGAGCUGCCCACUUGCUGUGGUGAGCCAGAGGGCAAAGCGAGCCUGGCAGCAUGGGGGUGCUGGGCUGCCAUGGGGUAGCUGGGGCCAGGUGUUGCACGGACACAGCUGGACUUGGGAAACAAGAAAGAGGACACCGGCAGCAGGGCCAGCCCAGUCCUGCAUCAGCCUCCACAGCCUGCUGGGUGCCAAGCCUUGAAGAGGCCAUGUACAGCCAGCUGGAGGAGUGGGUAUCCAGAGACUGGAAUUUUUAGAGGAGCACCAUGCCAGGGCUGUCCUGCCACAAGCCCUUUUCACCCUGUCUGGAGACAGGCCCUCUGCGUCACUCCUGGAUGGGGGAGGGUGGGUACCAGGCUCUGCAUGGGCUCAGAUCAGUGGGAUGGGUGUCCCCUGCUAUGGGCUGGGCUCUGGGCAUGGACUUCCUGGCCAUGGGGUCUGGAUGUUGCCUGGGGUUCCCUGGUGCCUUUUUUUGGGGUGGAGAGCAGCAGCUGUGAUUCCCCUGGGGCUUGGAGGGAUCUGGGGUUUGUGCUGGGUCACUGCUUCCAUCAUGAGGUGCUGUCUCAGCUGCUCCCACCUUGUGCUGGGGGAACUGCCAGCCCCCAGGACAUCAACCCCUUCCCUGGGCAGGACGUGCUAUCCCUACCCUGUGUCAGGGCUGGUCCCUGGCACUUCUUGCCCGUGCUUGCUCCAGUAUAGCCCUGGCCCAGGCUACCAAAGUUGGGGGUCCUGGCCCACGCUGCCAAAGAUGGGGCUUCUGUCACCACAAGUGCCUUUCUCCAGCUUUCUGCCUGUUGUGCUCACUCUGUCCUCCUCCAGCCCUCUCCCCAGUGCCUAUGGAUUUACCUUCCAAAUAAAGAAACAU